AACGUCAAAACAAUAAUGGAAGUCGAAUAAAUAUUAAAGUCUGCCAAUUGGUUCGCAAUAAACGUGAAUUCACACGGUGCCGACUGAUUUGAAUCAUUUUGCGUGGAAACCAUGGUCAAAAGUCGGGCAAUUGUAAAAAAUUGCCCAAAGUGUGAUGCUCGUGUUGCGGUCGCAACUAAAGCAUGCAAAUGUGGCUAUUCAUUCUUUUCAACACGGCGCUCGGAACGGAUUCGCGAAGCGGUCGAAGAAGUAGAUGAACGGCGCCGAACAUCCAGAGUUCGACGAGAAAAACCGAAUUACUAUGAUUCACAACAAUUUGAGAAAAAGAAAAAGAAGAAGGAAACUAAGACCAAACGAAAGGCAUCGAGUCCAGAACGGCAAACCAUCAACGAUGAUCACAGCAAAGAUGCUCCGGCAAUUCGACCGAAACGCAAACGCGUUCGCAAGGAGGAAGAAAGUGAAGGGAUCGACCUUUGUGCCAAGCUCACACCGGAACGACAACAAUUGGCCACACUCAUUUUGUCAGAACUGAAUCGUAAAAUGUGCAGCGUUGUUUGGACACCGUAACAAAUAUUGCAAUAACGUCGUUAAAUCGGUUCAAGACGACAAAAGAUUCUCAUUUUUUGAGUUUUAUACUAAGAUCUUAUCAAAAAAAAAAUUAAUUAAUUAAAAGCCAGAAAUUAUUUUAGAAUUAGCAACAACAAGAGAAAAUAUUGCGAUAAACGACUAUCACAAGCACACAGCAGUUAAUUAAAGAUAAAAAUAAGAAAUAAAUCGA